AUGCGGGAUCGUCUCCAAGUCGCUCAAUUGAAUCACGAUAAAGCAUUGCCCUCAUCUUUCUCGACGAAUACGUCCUCCGAGCGAGUGAACCCCGAGCCGAAGACGUACAUCCAUAUCUCCUGUCGCACACAUAUUCGAGCUCGAUCACUGCAUGAGAGUCUUGCCGCCGGUCAUCAAGGAAUGAAAUCGCCGACGAAGCUAUCGCAAACUCCACUACACACCCGCCAGUGA